ACCACGACCCCACGAGACAACGACAGGAGGCGGCGAUGUCGACAGCAACGGCGACGGCGGAGAACAAGAAGCCCCGGAGCAGCGGCGGGGCGGAGAAGAAGCAGCGUAGGAAGGAGAUACUGGAGAGGAAGAAGGCAAUUGAAGAGCUUAUAAGGGGAGCUGUAGCUGUGAAGGAUCAUCUGGCGCAGUUCCCGGCUUUUCAUAAAUACGAGAGAAACGGUAUUUCGGUGUACUUGGAGUCUGCACAUGGCAACCAGCUUCCAUUGCCAACGAAGAAUUACAUCCAAAAUCUUCUCAAGGUUAAUAUGGAGGGACCUUAUGGAUCAGAAUGGCCUUCGGAAGAGAAAAUUAAGCGCCGGGAAAUGGUUGCCCCAGAAGCACGAUAUAUCCUUGUUCGGCAAUUUGCAAAUGACUGUAAUGCGAAAAAAUCCAGUGAGCAAGAUGCAGGGGUGGAAUGUACAGAUGGAGCAUGUACUGGAGAUCACUUGCUUGGUUUUGUACACUACAGGUUUGUUGUUGAAGAGGAUGUGCCCGUUGUUUAUGUGUAUGAGCUACAGUUGGAGUCUACUGCCCAAGGGAAGGGGUUGGGGAAGUUUCUAAUGCAGUUGAUUGAACUUAUAGCUCGCAAGAGCCAAAUGGGAGCCGUGAUGCUAACAGUUCAAAAGUCCAAUACGGAAGCCAUGGCUUUCUACAAUAAGUUGAGAUAUGUAAUAUCCAGUACCUCACCAUCACGAGUGGAUCUGCUGAUCGGGAUUGGUAAAAGCUAUGAGAUUUUUUGCAAGACAUUUGAAGCUGAAGCUAAGCGCAUAUUGGAGGAAGGGAACUAAUAUCUGGUGGGAGUGCAAUAUUGCAUGACAAGCUAUGGUGGGAUGCGGCGGCCUAUGUAAUUGUGACUUACUCGAACAGGAUGUUUGGUUUCAUUUCUUUGAGUGCCAAGAUGUGUCAAGUUCCGUGCUCUCAGAUCCACCAAAAUUUGGAAUCUUUAUCCACUAAAACUCUGACCAUAUCUGUCUACCAUUAGCAACGAGGGCAAUGAUUUGGUUA